UUGACACUUCCUUGUUUUUCGAAAGUUUUAUUUUGUAGAAGUUGGCUAGCAAAAUUGGACAUGAAUCCUGUUGGAAUAUGGAGAUGACUUGAUUCAUAUUUCUUCAACUUUAACGUUUAGCUUAGGUUGUCCAUGGCUGUAAAUAUACGCUAGCUACAUUGAGAAGUUCGAAGUAGGGGAAUAUGUUAUCCGCGGUCAACGAAGAUUUUAGGGUGAAGUUUCCACUACAUUCAUUGGUCUGGGAAAAUGAUUACAGGAAUUUGGAAAACGAGUCAACAAAGAAUGACAUUGAGGCUGUGGAUCCCAGGGGAAGGACACCACUCCACCUGGCUGUGUCGCUGGGUCACCUGGAGUCAGUGAGAGUGCUUCUCAGACAUGGCGCAGAAGUUACCAAAGAGAACACCAAUAAUUGGACAGUGCUGCAGGAGGCGGUCAGCACUGGCGACCCAGAGAUGGUUCAGCUUGUGCUCCAGAGGAGAGACUACCUCAAAGCCUCUACAGCCCUGGGAGGAGUACCUGAGCUUCUGAGCAAGAUCCGCGAGUCCCCAGAUUUCUACAUGGAAAUGAAAUGGGAGUUCACAAGUUGGAUCCCCCUCGUGUCCCGGGUUUGUCCCAGUGAUGUGUGUCGGAUCUGGAAGAGCGGAGCCAGCCUGCGCGUGGACGCCACCCUGCUGGGCUUCGAGAACAUGACUUGGAUCAGAGGUCGUCGGAGCUACAUCUUCAGAGGAGAUGAUACCUGGACUGAGUUGUUGGAGGUGAACCAUGACGAAGAGGUGGUGGACACGGACCGCUUUGACAUCUCCCGGGAGAUAGAGGAUGUAACACUGGACUCCAUGCAACCUGCCGAACAGGAAGUGGCCAAGCGGCUAACCACGCCCAUCGUCAACACUUUUCUGGACACCAGGCACAUUGCUUUUGAGAGAAAUAAGUCUGGGAUUUGGGGUUGGAGGAGUGACAAAACGGAAGUUGUCAGUGGUUUCGAGGCUAAGGUUUUCACUGUGAACAAUGUAAACGUGGUGAUCCGGACGAGGACAGAGCAUCUCACCGAUGAGGAGAAAGCUAGAAUAAAAAGUGAGAGGAAUGUUCUGGAGUCUCUUCUUGGGACUGUGGAGCAGCAGAUAAGCGCUCAAGGGGACCUCACUCUGGAGUACGCAACACCCACCAACCCCACCGCCAUCACACCAGAGGAGUACUUUGACCCUGAGUUUGACCUUGAAGACAGAGACAUUGGCCGGCCCAUUGAACUCACCACCCGAACCCAGAAGUUCAAGGGCACAUUGUGGAUGAGCGAGGAACACCCUCUCUCCCUGGUGGAGCAGGUCACCCCUAUCAUCGAUCUCAUGGCCCGGACCAGCAGCCACUUCGCCCGGCUACGGGAUUUUGUCACCCUCAAGUUCCCUCCGGGGUUCCCUGUAAAAAUAGAGAUUCCCCUGUUCCACGUGCUCAACGCUCGUAUUUCAUUUGGUGGUGUCAACAAAUGCAGUACGUGCGAACCCCUGGACACGCCACCCUCGGCUACCACGCCCACACCCUCGGAGGAGGACGGCAGUGAAGAUGCAGUUCCCCCUCUAUUCCAAGUGUGUCCCUCUGUAUUUGAGGUGCCUGCACACUACCGCCACAGAGGAGGAGGGGGCAGCCGCCGUCACAUGCCCGUAUCCAACCACGACGAGGAGCUACUGCAGUACGCCAUCCACCAGAGUCUGCUGGAGUCCGGUGGUGGAGACCCGGGACAGGAAGUGACCUGGGAAGAUGCCAAUGGGGACCUCACGGACCCUAUGCUCAGUAGCCAGAGUGACAGAAGCAUCACAGAGGGGGCGCUGGUGGACUUGGGAGACACCACAUCGAGUCCGGCCAGCUCAAGCACCUCGACCUCCAGCCCCGACGUGGACCUCCGCAUGGCCAUGGAGCUGUCGGCCCGGGCCCAAGCCGAGGAGGAGGGGAGGAGGAAAGAGGAAGUGGAGGAGCUGGAGAGGAUAUUGCAGCUCUCGCUCACAGAGAAGUAAAAAGAGGAAAAUAUGAGGGGGAAAAAGGGUUAUUAAGACCACGCCUUGCCAUACCUGCAUGAACUAUUUAUAAAUCAAGAAGCGGCCACCAUCACACCCCCUCCCAAUCCAACCCCCCCCCCCCUACUCCACUGCAAUCCACCAUGACACCGGCAAAACCUCCAUGUAACAACAUUGUCAUUAACACAACCAUCUAUAUUUAAUACUUUGAUACCUAUUUUUGUUUAAAAAACAUGUUGCUAUAUUUGUAUUUCUAUAUAACACUUAGGCUCUGUCUCAAAAGUGUACACGCUGUCAAAUCCUUGAUUCCUCCUGUCCUUAUAAGAGUCAUAGCCACUCCUCUCCCGAAGAGGAAUCCAUGUAUUCUUUGAGAUUAUUUUGGGAACUGUUUCAUUUCACUGGAGUGUCAGGGUUGCAACCUGUGAUUUGAAUUAGUUGGGUGUUGCCAAGAGUGGGUUAAACCUGUGGCAGGUAGCACAGGAGGCUGGUGAGGGUAGGACAGA